CAGCGAUAUCCACGCAAUUCAACUCGCUGAUAGCUUAUCUUUACUGUUUUCAGCAACAAAAGAUUUUUCAGUAGCUGAGUAAUUUUUACCACUACGAAUUGAAGUAAUACAAAUCGAACAAAUGGAGAAACGUGCUACAUCUACCAUGCAGGUUCUCUAUGCAGAACUGGCUGCCGCAAAGUCCAGAAGUGCGGAGCUGGAGGAGGAAAACAUUUUGCUGCGCCAUCGACUAAAUCGCGCAUCUGCCAGCCACAGCACCAAUGCGGCCAUAAAUGUGGAGGCCAAGAUCAUGGUCUUCCAAUUGGAGGAGGAACGAGAUCGUCUGGUGGAAACACUGCAGAAGCACAAGAAGAAGUACAACAAACUGCAUGACGCUUAUCUGGAGAAAGUGAAACGUUGUCGUGCUUUGGAGGAGAUGUUUAAACGGCAGAAGACGCUUACAGGCUUGGUAAUGAAGUCCUCUUUAGAUCAAAGAAAUGCAGAGCAACGAAUGGCUAUGGAGAAAAGGCAGUCGGCCCAAAGCGAUGUCAACGAAUUGAACGAGCUGAAGGCCAAAGUAGAAAAACUUCAAAGAGCCCUUGAUGAGUCAUACGACAUUAUUGACGAAAUGGAUUUUGAACUUGAGAGCGUGGAAUUACUGGAAAUGCAAAACCAAUCCUUGCGGGACGAAUUAGCCGCUUUUAAGGCAAAAUCAGAAGAAGGAGCGACCAGUCUGCCGGCCUCGCUACCCAACGAUGACGACCCACCGCCCAAAUAUGAGGAAGACUAUCCCGGACAGCAUCAUAAAGCUAUGCAGGCCCGGCGCUGCUCCUCUAGCAGUGAAUCUGACCCCAAGGAUGAUGAUGCCGACGCAGAAACUAUGGAAAGAGCUGCUUUAACCCAUAGCCUCAUACAAACUGUGGAAACAGAGAGCAAUGCCCUAAGACGGGAAUUGUUGAGAUCCCGCUGUCAAAGAACAAUUCGCGCCAAGUUGGAGAAAGAAAGCGAGCCUGUUGAUUAGGAUAAGUGGCGGGAUUAAUCUUAUCACAUAGCUCCCAGCCAAAAACUAAACAACCAACCAAUAGAUCAUAAUAACAAGUAGCCAUACUAAAGCUGAUGAAACUGAUCACUAAGUUUACGCACAGAGAGCAAUAACUAGACGGCUGGACUAACCCAGAUUCCGAACCAACUACGCCUAACCAGUGCACAUACCAGAAUUUGCUUUUAAGGUUCGACAAACACGCUCGGCGGCUGCGUUAAAUCAAAACUUUUGCGAUAUAGUAACCCGGUUUCUUGGACUGCGCGCAGAGAAACCCCUCGUCUAAUGGCGAUUAAUUAAAUUAUUUGCUAAUGCCAUCAAACGAGUUGCGGACAGAUCACCUGCCAAAAGGAUCUGGCCUCCGAGCUGUGAAGGUUCCAGCCCCCGACUUCUGCCCUCCCAUCCCAUUUCCAAUUCGACGUGGUGCGCUAUCCAUUAAAACAUGACAAUUAUUUUUAUGACUUAAUGCAGUCGGAGGCCUUGUUGCCCAAUGCCUAAUGUUGCAAAUUAUUGACAAAGUAAAUUAAUCUCCACAUUUGUUGGUUGGACCAGACAAACUAGCGCGACACCUCUAAGAUCACCAUCAAGCUCUCCCACUUGCGGCAUAUUCAUUUGGAUGCUUAUCGAAUGUGCGUCGCAAAAGAAAAAUCAAAUGCGUCAUGGGUAAAAAAACUACAAGAUUUUAUAAAUUUAAGUUUUAAUAAAAAUAUUUUUU